CCGCUGCAGCCGUGGCCUGACGUUCUGCUUUGCCAUGGCUGUUUAAUCACUCACUCUCUCGUGACCACAAAUAAAGCAUGAACAAGAAAAAGAAAUCUCAAACUCCCCAUCAAAGAAACAUUUCCCUGAGGCAAGAGGCAUCACUAGAUUCCUAAAAAUGAGGGUAUCUGCUUCAGCUGCACCCUCAGUGGUGGGUAGGCAGAGGGAGCACGGGGGAAAGGAGAGGACUGGUCUGGUGCCUGGGGUGCUUACGGGAGAGAAGCCUGGGGAGUCCCUGCCGCUCGGCACUCACGGAUGGCCCCGCUCGGCUUUGCGCUCAGCCAUACAAACCUCUUCUUUGGCUCUUUUGCUACUACCUAAUACUAUUCUGUAAACAAACUGGAAAUCCAAGUUGCAAAAAAUAUAUAUAAUAAAAGGAUAAGGAAUCCACUUAGCCCAAUGUGAAACACUUAUUGGUUCUUACAUAAAAAAGAUGUCAGAGCAGAGUCCUGGCUGAAUAGCUGGAGAUGGUCUUGGUCCCCUAGAGGGAAACAGAGACAGCCAGCAAACCUCUACACGAAUUAGCAGUUACUGAGCAUUGUAGCCUGUGAGUCAGUAACCAAAAGAGCUGUCAGUGUCUUCACACAGGCAUACAUUCUGAGGAAGCUGUUUACUCAUCUUGUAUUUGAAAAAACUUAGCUGGAGCAGCCAGUUCAAGCAUACCUCACGGCACAGACUUCACAGGAGCAGGCAAAUGCUCCCAAGUCCUUGAGAAAUAGCCACCAGCCGAGUGUGAGUGGCUUGGUGAUCUGGGAGCUCUGGAACAACACUCUCAGUCUCUGAUCCAUGUUCCGAGCUUGUCUGCAUGUCACCCUAAGUUAACACAGACCCUGGGCAUCAAGGCCUGUUUCCACACAGCAGGCGCUCCACGGAGGCCUGUUACUGCAGCUCUAAGAAUGAUUUCUAAGAAUAGAACAAACCGGAAUGUCUCUCCAUGACCUGGAACCCCUCGGAUCCAUUGCUCACAAAGAGAUGAAGAAGGGCUUUGGGGCUCUGGAGUCUACCUGCAUAAACUCUGGGAAAACAAAACUGGGGCCCCGGCUGACUUGGGAACUGGGUUUUCAGGGCCCAGAUGACCCUCAAGUCAGGACAGCACAGAUUAUAGUGUGCAACUGUAAAAAACUCAAAACUGGCUAUGUCUUAAAUACAGACAUAUCUUUAAAAAAGGUCUUCCUCUGACACACAGAGGGCUGAAACGGACGUGCUGUCUAAUGCUGCUCCACCACAAAGGCACUGGAAUUAUGUCUUCCUGCAAUACGACGUGCGAAGAACAGUCCCAUUCUAUCCAAUGCGUUUAAUGGUAAUGAUGAAAACUGAGCCAAAAAUAAGUGUUUUUAAAAAUCCUAUCACAACUGUUGAAUCUACAAAGAUCUCUUCCCUAAAAGAGCUUCAUUGUCAUGUUCAGAGGAGAAACUGGCUCCCCACAAUGAACACCCGUUAGGUGUUCUUGAUAUUUUUUCAAAGGGACAAGACUGGUUUCCCAGCUGCGGCUCUUGUCCUGCUGGGCUCACAGCCGGGGGGUCACACUGUGGCCAGAAGGGCCGUGAGAUACCCUGACCAGAUAAGGGGUCAGGCAGAUUGAAAACACAAGGGUACGCGCUGCCACACCACGCUGCUCCCCUCCUCCCCCAUCACAGCCCAGUGUCCCUGUCCCAGAGCUGCCCUUCUGACGAUUGUCCAGCAACAGAGCCGCAAGGUGCGGAGCACCAGGUAAGGAAGUGCCUCCUGAGCAGCACGGGGCUGCUCCCUAGUUGAGGCACAUCAGAAGUGCCAAGAAACACUCCACUCAAACUCACGCCUUCUCCAGAAGAAAGCCAACCGGCACCAAGAGCACAGUGAGAGGAUCAGCAUCUGAGCCUCCGUGUCCAGCCUCCACCCAGACCCGAGUCAGUCGAGCCUUUCUUCCAGAGGGGUCACAAUUUCCGUGGUACACUGGGCCCUUUCCCAUGAAGCUGAGAAGCAUCUGGCAGACUCUGCGGGAUAUGGGUGGACAAGGCAGAGUGUGGGAGAGGCGCUGCGUGGUGCGGGCUGGGGUGCAAGCCAGCCAGAAGACUGUGGCUGAGGCCAUGGUGGAAAGUCCCAGGGGCAGGCCCUGUGACGAUGGCGUCCUUGGAGACCCCUGCUUUGGCAGAGGAGUCAGCACUGAAGGAGAGCACAUGGAGAGGAAAUGGGACAGGGGCUAUAAUGCCCAGAGAGUUCGAGUUCAUGGCCCCAGGCAGCUUUGGGCUGCUGGACUUAUAGGAAGGAGACAGCAGGUUUAAGGGAGAGGAGCUGGUCAGCAGCACAGCCCCACUGGUUCCUUUUGGCAAGGAGGUAGAUGACGUCACGCUGCUCACCAAGGUGGGCUUCAGUGAGGAGGUCAGCAACUUUGCCACUCCUUGGGUCCCCCCACCAGAAUCUCCAUUUGGACCUCCCGGAGGUGCCACCAGCGUCAGCUUCUGGGAAACAGGUGGCUUUUUCACUGCUGAGCUUGGGCUGGGCCGGGUGGUGGGCUGUCCUGCAGAGGAAGGCUGCACACCUGGGAGCAGGUUCCCGGAAGCGGAGCCCUGGACUGGCACCCCUCCGGAGGGAGAGUUGCCCGAAGAAGCCCCGUGUUUGGAGAGUGAGCUGGCAAAGGGACUGUUCCUGUAGGGUGGUCCUGAAGCGCUGGCCGCAUGCUGUUUUGCUGCAUGGCUCAGGGGAGUGGAGGAGGAGGCUAGGUUCUUAUGGGAGCCGCUGCUGGGGACUGGCGUGGCCCCCGAAGAGGCUGACGUGGAGGGAUGGAAGCCCUGGCCUUUGGUGGCCGUCUUUACCAGCUGGAGGAGAGAACGAUGACACUGCGGAGUGGGAGCCUUGGGGCCUUGGAGCUUACUGGCAAGCGGGGCUGGGGCAGUGAAGCUCUUCUGCUGUUGAGCGCCUGCGUGAAGGGCUUUAACUUGGGGGCCAGGGGCUGGAGCUGCCACCUGGGGUCCGUGAGGCGUCCGUGGCAAGCUGUGGUGCUUUGCCUUGGGCUGGUGCACCUCCGGCAGGCUCUUACUGACGGGAGCCUGACAGCACAGCUCUUUGUAGCCAGAACUCUCUGUUUUUUUCUCCUGAGAGGACUGCCCCAGUGCCAGAGCCUGUUCAGCCAGAAAAUUGAGGGGUGACUGCAAGGAGCUAGAGGGUGGUGGAGCAGAAGGGUUGGGCUUUGGAAAGUUCCUUUUUUCUUCUGUACAUGUAAGACCUGCGGCUUUUUCUACAGGUACUUUUGAGGGCAGAGGCGAUGUGAACUCAGAGCCCCCACUUGUUCUGCUGUUCAACGCAGCCAGCUCCUUGGACACGGCUUCCAACGAGGAGGCUGAACUCUGGAUUAAGUCUUCGUCCAGCGAGUCCUCCAGGUGGAUGGGAGCAGGACUGGUAUGGACUGCGUGAGUUCGUGGUGAUUGCCCCUGCUGCAAACAGUGAUGCUGUUCUCAGUGAAUCGAAGUCCAAUCUUCUUCUGAGUUCUGUUUCUAUUGCUUUGGGAAAUACUGGCUGUCAGGUGCCACUCUUUGUGCAAAUACAUCACAAAUGGCGAAGAAUGUAUGUGGGAGAAUGUCAGGGUCCUGGUGUCCGAACUGAUUUUGAAAUGGUUCAUCUUCGAAAGGUGCCAAAUCAGUAUACUCAUUUGUCAGGUCUGCUGGACAUUUUCAAAUCAAAGAUUGGAUGUCCUUUAACUCCAUUGCCUCCAGUUACUAUUGCUAUUCGGCUUACCUAUGUUCUUCAGGAUUGGCAGCAGUAUUUUUGGCCUCAGCAACCCCCAGAUAUAGAUGCCCUUGUAGGAGGAGAGGUUGGAGGCCUGGAAUUUGGCAAGUUACCAUUUGGUGCCUGUGAAGAUCCUAUUAGUGAACUCCAUUUAGCAACUACAUGGCCUCACCUGACAGAAGGGAUCAUUGUGGAUAAUGAUGUUUAUUCUGAUUUGGAUCCUAUUCAAGCUCCCCAUUGGUCUGUUCGAGUUCGAAAAGCCGAUAAUCCUCAGUGUUUGCUAGGUGAUUUUGUCAGUGAAUUUUUUAAAGUUUGCCGUCGAAAGGAGUCAACUGAUGAGAUUCUUGGACGCUCCACAUUUGAGGAAGAAGGAAGAGAAAUUGCUGAUAUAACUCAUGCUUUGUCAAAGUUGACAGAGCCAGCACCAGUUCCAAUUCACAAAUUAUCAGUUUCAAACAUGGUACACACUGCAAAGAAGAAAAUACAAAAACACAGAGGUGCAGAAGAGUCACCACUGAAUAAUGAUGUCCUCAAUACUAUUCUCUUGUUCUUAUUCCCUGAUGCUGCUUCUGAGAAACUAUUAGAUGGAACUAUUACAACAGACAAUAAUCCUCCAUCAGACAGUGAAGAAUAUAAUCUCUACAAUCAGUUCAAAUCUGCACCAUCCGACAGUUUAACAUACAAAUUGGCUUUGUGUCUUUGUAUGAUCAAUUUCUACCAUGGAGGGUUGAAAGGAGUGGCACACCUCUGGCAGGAAUUUGUUCUUGAAAUGCGUUUCAGAUGGGAAAACAACUUUCUGAUUCCAGGAUUAGCAAGUGGACCUCCAGAUCUAAGAUGUUGUUUACUGCAUCAGAAACUACAGAUGUUAAAUUGCUGUAUUGAAAGAAAGAAGGCCCGUGAUGAGGGGAGAAAGUCAACUACUUCAGAUAAUGUGACUAAUAUAUAUCUAGGGAAUACUGGAAGAGCUGGAGAACAGUUGAGUGUUGAUAAUCUGAAAGAUAUAGAUAAGGAAAAAGGAGAGAUGGGAAAAUCUUGGGAUUCCUGGAGUGACAGUGAAGAAGAAUUUUUUGAAUGCCUAAGUGAUACCGAAGAAUUUAAGGGAAAUGGACAAGAGAGUGGUAAGAAAGGAGGACUUAAGGAAACAGCAAAUUUAAGGCCAGAAGGACGUCUCCAUCAGCAUGGGAAACUUACACUGCUACAUAAUGGAGAACCUCUCUACAUUCCAGUAACCCAGGAACCGGCACCUAUGACAGAAGAUCUGCUGGAAGAGCAGUCAGAGGUGUUAGCUAAAUUGGGGACCUCAGCGGAAGGGGCCCACCUCCGAGCACGCAUGCAGAGUGCCUGUUUGCUCUCAGACAUGGAAUCUUUUAAGGCAGCUAAUCCAGGUUGUUUUCUGGAAGAUUUUGUGAGGUGGUAUUCACCCCGGGAUUACAUUGAAGAGGAGGUGAUUGAUGAAACUGGCAAAGUAGUUCUGAAAGGAGAACUUAGUGCUCGAAUGAAGAUUCCGAGCAAUAUGUGGGUAGAGGCCUGGGAAACUGCGAAGCCAAUUCCUGCUAGAAGGCAGAGGAGACUCUUUGAUGAUACACGGGAAGCAGAAAAGGUACUACACUACCUGGCAAUCCAGAAACCUGCAGACCUUGCUCGGCACCUGUUACCUUGUGUAAUUCAUGCAGCUGUACUCAAGGUAAAGGAAGAAGAAAGUGUGGAAAACAUUUCUUCAGUAAAGAAGAUUAUAAAGCAGAUAAUAUCCCAUUCCAGUAAAGUUUUGCACUUUCCCAAUCCAGAAGACAAGAAAUUGGAAGAAAUCAUCCAUCAAAUUACUAAUGUGGAAGCUACAAUUGCUAGAGCCCGAUCACUAAAAGCCAAGUUUGGAACUGAGAAAUGUGAACUAGAGGAGGAAAAGGAAGAUCUAGAAAGGUUUGUAAGUUGCCUCCUGGAGCAGCCUGAAGUGUUAGUCAUUGGUGCAGGAAGAGGACAUGCUGGCAGGAUUAUUCACAAGUUGUUUGUGAGUGCUCAGAGGCUGACUGAAUCUUCUGAUGAGGCUGCAGCCAUGGCUCCACCAGAGGAGGAACUGAAGAGAAUGGGCUCCCCAGAAGAAAGAAGGCAGAAUUCAGCGUCUGACUUCCCACCCCCUGCUGGCCGGGAAGUCAUUUUGCGAACCACUGUGCCCCGCCCCGCCCCGUACUCCAAAGCCCUGCCCCAGAGGAUGUAUAGUGUUCUCACCAAAGAGGACUUUAGACUUGCAGGUGCCUUUUCAUCAGAUACCUCCUUCUUCUAAUUCUUUUCUGUUACCUCAUUUGUGGCUUCAGAGACAGUGCUGACUCCUUCUGUGGGAGGGAGGUUGUGCAGUCAGAACCUGAGAGGCCAUGGAGAGGGUCCUGUCCAGUUGAAUGAUCUAUAAUCAUACCAGCAUCUGAAAGGUUUUCCAGUGCCAAGUUUGGGCUCUUUGUGUCUUGAUGGGGCAGAGGGAAUGGGCUUGAGCUAUUAAAAGAUUUCAGCUCCAAAGAGAUGGCCUUUCU